AUGAAGCUGCGAGAAGGAUCAUUUCUGUGGUUCCUCUAUCUGGACAAACUCUACUGUUUAUUAUCCCUGAAAAAUGUGAAGGCUUUGAUGGAGUAUUUCCACAUUCUUGAUGUGCAUCAGAAGAACACCCUAAAUGAUGUGCUCUUCUAUCACUUCCUCAAACAUGUGACUAACCUGAAAGGGAGCCAGAUCAUGCGUGUUUUUGACUUGCUGGACUGGAAUGCUGAUGGCGAGAUUGGCUUUGACCAGUUCUACAUACUAGUUUGCAUCCUGCUCGCCCAGCAUAACAAUUUGGAAGAGCAAUUUAUCUUCCGCCAUUCCCGACCUGUGUUCGAUCUACUGGACCUGGAUGGCGAGCUGAGAAUUGGUGCUAGUAUUUUCCAAGCAUACAACUUUCUCUUCAAUAUUGAGAAGCAGGAAUUCGGCGAGAUUUACCACGAUUUUGACAUCACAGGUGAUCGUCGUCUUAAUUACAAGGAAUUUAAGUUGUUUACUAUAUUCUUCAUGGAUAAAUACCAGAAGAAGCAGAAAGGGGAGAAGAAAAAGAAAAAUAUAAAGCUCAAAAGGGACCGAUCACAUACUAACACAAAUCUUCUUGAAUUACAUUCACCAACUACAACAUAA